AUGUCGAGUACAAUCUAUUGCAACACAUUUAGCCUACCGACUAUUGCAGAAACCCAAGCAUUUACUGAUAUUCUCGCAAAGGAUAAAUUGACCACAGUCGUCCGAGUGAAAGAGCACUUUGCAGUCAACCAUGGACAACAUCUUCCUCUUAUUGAGGCCGAGAACCUCCAAUUUCUUGCUGACCACACUAUCCCCGUUCCAAAAGCCUGUUCAGCAUUCACCGACCCAAAGACAGACCUACGAUACCUCGUUAUGGAAUAUAUCCCUGGUCAAACCCUCAAAAAGCUGCUUCCAUCCUUGGAACUCACUAAAAAGACCAAAAUCUGCAACUUGCUUAAAGAUGCUUUCGCCAAGCUACGCGAAAUGCCCUCACAAGGAUAG